AGUAUAAACAUUACUGUUCCUCUGCAAAUCGUAGUGUUCAAAUCGCGUACUGUAUGAGGGAGCUCUUCCGAGUUUUUUUUAAAACGAAACCGCUGUGAAGUGUUCGAUUUUCAAGAAACCGCACUUUUUUCUCUCUUGAAAAACACCAACGCAUGCAUGCGUUUGCGUGGUGCGGGGGCGGCGAUGGCGGCAGUCGCCAGUCGGUGGCACUGAGGGCGUCCGCGUGGCUUACGGUGCCCCUGGCUGUCGUCAUGUUGGUUGCCACACCGGCGGCGGUGGAAUCGAGAUUCGUUCCAGCAUCGGAACGCCUGAUGCUUCAACCUAAUGGUGAUGUUCCUGUGUUUAAGAAGGCGUCCUCGGCCGGAAGUUGGCUCCAGGUUUUGUUGGCUGAGCAACAAGAUGACGCUGUUCCGAUUCGUCGACACUACAAGCAGUUGUUUGAGUAUGACAUGGAAUCGCCAGUGGCUCUAGCCACAGCCGCACAAUCUCCAGAGACGAAAGAAAAGUACAGCGGAGAGUUGGACGAUGCCGGGAAACCAGUGAUCAUCAGCCACAACUUCAAGGAGCAUCACUUGAGUGCCAAAGAUCGACAGCGGAUAUUCGAGGCUCCCUACAACUUUCUCAGCGCGAAUGACGAGUUCGCCUACUAUCGAAUCGCGUCGCCGUUUCGUCGCCGCGAAUUCCGUCUCCCCAAGGACCCGCUCAUCCUCACAACGAACGCUUGACUUGAUUCCAUAGUGUGUUUGUGCCAUCGCCAAUAUUUUAUUUUUAUCUUUCGCUGCGUGCGACGGUUGAGUUCAUACAAUUCUGAAGCCAUGUGAUUUACUUCUCGCGUAUGCAAUCAGUUGAAAAAAGAUAAGGACACGACUGUGUUUAACUUUUCAUGAUGCUGACUUGAUCUUGGGUUUCACGGCUGAUCAACUCCUCGGAACACCGUAUUCACGUAAUUCCCAGAAACGUUUCGUCCGCUCAUUUCUCCAAUAUUUCUGAAGUAUGAAAUGAACAAGGAUAAACUUGAACUUUCAGGAUAAACACUACCGUAUACUCGUCAAUGCACGUACCUCCUAAUGGUUGAAAUCAUGAUAUAGGAAAAAAAGUUUAUCUUAAAAUUUGCGCCGAUAUUUACCAUUCAAUAAUUUCCAUUAUGACGGAUUGUCUGAAACAGUAUGUAAUACAGUGGUAAAACAUACUGGGAUAGGCAACGCACUAAGGUAAUCAAGAUAUCUUCUAAAGCUAAAAGAAUGCUACAGUAUAUACGAGAGUUGUUUCAUAAGACAUGAUGAACAGCCACUUAAUUGCCGUCAUUGGAGGCGGAGUCAAUUUUUUUCUUUUGCUUUCAAUUCUUCAUCAGUGUCUAAAAAAAAUUUCAUCGACUAUUCAGCUUCAGAAGGAAACAAGAAAAAUACCUGGAUCACAGUGAAUGCCCUCUACUGAAGUGAAGUUUACCACAUAACCCCCAAAGCCAUAUAGAGCAUGCAAGUGCGCAUUCAGCUUCUCUUGAUCAAUUAAACUUCACUUCAGUGGAGGGGAUUCACUGUGAUCCAGGUAUUUUCUUGUUUCCUUCUGUAGCUGAGUAGUCUGAAAAAGUUAUGAGACACCAAUGAAGGAUUGAAGAGGAAAAGAAAAAAUCGCAUCUGCCUCCGAUGAUGGAAAGCGGCAGUUCAUCAUCCUUCAACCCUAGUAGUUUCUUCAAUAUUAUACACCAAAACUCAUUUCCUCAUAGUAAAUGUUUGGAAAAUUCAUGGAACAAAAUUUAAUUUUUUACGCUCCAGUUUCUUUGAAGGCAAAAUUAUUGCGAAGCCUCGUAUUUCGUGAAGAAGGUGGUUCGGAUAUUUUAAAACGUAGGAAUCAAGUUCUCUAGAC